AGCUCCCAUCGGAUUGGGAAUCAGUUGCGAGGCAGAAGCGCGCGAGUUAAGAACGCCGAGCGGAGCAACCUGACCUGGAGUUCUAAGAUCAGCAAAGAGAGAUGGCCUGGAAGACUUUCACGCUUUUACCCCUGCUAUGGGCAGCCACCCUGGCCAACCCAUUGAGCUCCACAGUGGAGCCAUUUACCCCACCAGCUCCCAACACCGAGACGCAGCCGCAGGUCAUCAAGGAGGAGCACUUCCCGGCCAUGGCUCCGCCGCAGGCUAUCGAGUCCAGCGGUUCCAGUGGCCAGCCCAUUCUACUGCAACCUCCUCCUCCGCCAGCUUUGCCCAGCGGAGAUGAGGAUGCACUGCGUCGCCGAACCAUCACCUACGAUCAGCGGCAGGAGGGGCAGUAUAACAUACGCGCCGAUCUCGAGAACUUCAUGAUCCUGCUGAUCCCACCUGGACCGCAGGAAGGUAUCAGUCUGCUGGAGCUGCUGGGACGGGGAAACACCAAGGGCAGUGGAGCGCUCAAGCGGAAGCAUCCACUGAGGAGCAACUCCCUGAAGUCCUACUACCAGAAGAGUCAGCUCCAGAAGCUGCAACAGCAGCAGAAUCAUCAGCAAUCCUCGCCAGCUGUGGCUCUGCCGGAAUUCAUCGAAGGACGCUCGCCCUAUCACGUGGACAUCUCGGCCAGCGAUCCGGAGCAGGCGCAACGUCUGCAGCGCCAGCAGGUGGACGUACUGCCUCCUCAGUUGAUUCCCAUGCCGCAGCUGAUCAAGCCCUUCCAUCUGGAGGCGGAACCGGAGCUCAUUCAGGCCCUGCCCCCCGUUUCCGCCAGCAGCAGUGCUGGCUCCAAUCUCCUCGAGAGCUACAACCAUCCAGGAUCGCAGUACUUCCGCAGUUCCCGUUCCCUGCGAGGUGACAGCUAUCUGGAUACCAAUCGUCUGACCGGAGGUGGUGACUAUGGCAGUCCGCGCUCCAUCAGUGCGCCCAUCUACCGCAGCGAUCUUGGUGCCAGCGGAGCCCAUGGUCUUUACCCACCCAUCGAUGUGCCGUCCUACUUCUCGGAUCAACCCCGCUCCUGGCAGCUGGACGAGGAGCCCACCAGGCCACAGGCGGUCGAACCGGAGAUCGUUAGCUUCGAUCUGUUGGCCGAUGACGACCUGACCGAAUCCCGAACCCUUCUGCGCGACGGCUUGGCCCGCUGUGCCCGGGGGGAGCGGCGGGAUAGCUACGGAGCCUGUCGCAAGAUCGAGGGCUACUGAGGAGGAGUGAGAACCGCCAGACUGCCAGCCUAAAUAGUUAGUUUCAUACUUUGCACACUCUAGAAUUAAGCCGACAAAAUCUUCUUACCAAUAAAUACAGAAACUUAAUCGUCACUGAGAAAAA